ACCUAACGUAACCUAACCAAACUUGUUCCCCAACAGAAACAGAAACAGAAAGCCAGAAAGCCACGUUUACUGGUUAACGAAUAAAUGUUCAAUGCUGUGGUAAAGGAUAUUAUUCCAACAUUUAAAGAAUAAAAUGCCUGCGAUCAAUAGUAAAAAGCGUAAAGUGUCUAAAAAAGACAAAAGAUCAUGGCGAAAACAUGUUGAUACAAAAGAUGUUGAGAAAUUUUUGGAAGAUUCUCGGUUAGAAGAAAGGUUAGGUGGUUCUUUUUCGACACGCCAAGAUUCGGAAUUAUUUAUAAUUUCUACGGAGCCUAAAGUUCUUCCGAAAAGAACCCGUCGAGAAAUAUUGAAAUCAAAGGAGCCGCGAUGUUUUAAUUUAAAACCUCACACAGCUGUACAGGAUCCAAUAAGAAAAAGAAAUCAUGUGAGAACUAAGGAGGAGAAAAAUGCAAUUUUGGUAGAAAAGGAAGCUUUGAGAGAGGCGCAAGGAAUAUUAAAAUUAAAAGAUAAAAUAAAAUUACAGAUAGAUGUUAGCUAUGAAGGAAGAUCGAACAAGCCUAAAAGAGGAGAGUUUAAUGCUGAUGUUUGGGAAAAAUUUGAAGAAACACUUGGUAUCGAUACGGAAUGGAUGUCUCCGGAUACUGUCAGGCAUACAUUGACUCAUUUUGGUGCAAAGAAGAGGAGAAUACCAAUUUCAAUACGCAAGAAACCUUCAGCUUUGCCAGCAAUCGAAGCACCGCAUCCAGGAACAUCUUAUAAUCCUUCGUUUGAGGAUCAUCAAACUUUAUUACAUCGAGUAGCAAAGAAGGAAAUGGAAUUAAUAAAAGAGGAACAACAUUUGAAAAGAGUGACUACAGAUAUGUUUAAAAAGGUUUCAGUGGAAGAAAAAGAAAAUAACUUACUGAAAGAAAUGUUAGAAGGAUUGAAAUCGGAAGAGAAAAAUGAUGACGAUGACGAUGACGAUGACGAUGACGAUCCGAGAGUAACGUCUGUAAAUCCACCAGUUAGAAAUGAGAAAAAAACGCGUGUUCAGAGACGUAAACAAAAAGAAGAGAAAGAAUUAGCGCGUAAGAAGCAGCAGAAAAAGUUAGAAAAGAAGAAGGUUUCGGAUAUUUAUAAAUUAAGAUUAUUAAAUAAACAGUUGGCUUCUAAAGAAAGAAAGGAAAAAAUCCAAAGAGAAGAAAGAUUAAAGAAGAAAGUAUUAAAGGCACUGGGUCCUAAAACUCUUAGUAAAGUUAAAUUUGAACCGUUGGAAGCUGAUUUCAAAUUAGCAAACGAAUUAACCGGUAAUUUACGCAAUGCUGAGCCAACUACUAAUUUAUUAAAAGACAGAUUUAAGUCUCUUCAACAGAGAAAUAUUGUUGCUCCGUCUAGAAUGAAACUAAAACGGGAUAAAGCGAAAGUGAAACGAUUUGUUAAGCCAGAUCACAAGAUUGAUGUAACCAUAUACCAAACUGAAAUGACCAAGUAUUUGCGUACACUACUUACUUGACGUCUUUGGAUGUAAUAAGCCGGGAGGGAGGUUGUAGACCACGGAACCAAUUUGUAUUUCAUUCAACAAUACUAAAUACAGAUUCAUCUUCUAUGUAUUCAUCACUUUCAGACAAUUUGUAAUCAUCUUUUAACUCGAAUGGCAUAAUAUUAUCUGAAAUAUCUGUCGAUGAAUGUUCUUUCAAGUCGAUACUUUCAAUAGAUAUUUUUGUUUCUUUA